GCAGUGAUAGUUGUAGAGUUGACUCCUUUCCUUUAAAAAUCAUAGGCCAGCACGGAUUUCCCAGGGGCUAUCCAGCACGGAUUCAGGUGCUACCCUUUUUGGCUUCCGGUUUUGGUCUCUGGCUAUAGGGUUUAAAUCUCCCGCGCUUUACAUGGAUUGGCCACACUCGGAGGUGGUAGGCCGGCUGUGUGCUAUGGCUCUUCCUCGUCUUUUUCCCCGGGCAAAAGGUUUUCAAAUUCGACCAAUCGCCGGGCGCGCUUUCCCAGCUGAGGCACGUCACGGAAGGGUUAAUCGCAACCAACCGGAGGCGGGUAUUGGAGAAAAGAACCAAUCGGAAGGGCGCGGGGGUGUGCCCUAGGGGCUUAUAAGGGCGGCCCUGCGGCGCGCGCGGCAGCAGUUGGACUGCGGCGGGCGGCAGUUGAGAGGUCUUCAGAGACGCUGUUCUUCACUGUUCUACCUCGCGCAUUAUGUCCGGUCGCGGCAAGACUGGCGGCAAGGCCCGCGCUAAGGCCAAGUCGCGCUCUUCUCGCGCGGGUCUCCAGUUCCCUGUGGGCCGAGUACAUCGGCUGCUGAGGAAGGGCCAUUACGCCGAGCGAGUGGGCGCCGGCGCGCCGGUUUAUCUGGCGGCGGUGCUCGAGUACCUCACCGCUGAGAUUCUGGAGCUGGCGGGCAACGCGGCCCGCGACAACAAGAAGACGCGUAUCAUCCCCCGCCACCUGCAGCUGGCCAUCCGCAACGACGAGGAGCUCAACAAGCUUCUGGGCGGCGUGACGAUCGCUCAAGGGGGCGUCCUGCCCAACAUCCAGGCCGUGCUGCUGCCCAAGAAGACCAGCGCCACCGUGGGGCCGAAGGCACCGGCGGGCGGCAAAAAGGCCACCCAGGCCUCUCAGGAGUACUGAGGGGUGCCCGCGCUGCGGCCGGCUGCCCAGCCCUCCCUAUGCUAUCACAAAGGCCCUUUUAAGGGCCACCACCGCCCUCACGGAAAGAGCUGAGCCACGUUGGGCCGCUAGGCGUGCGAACCGCGGCGCCCGGCCCCCUCCCCUCGCGUCCCCGCCGCCUCCCACCCUCCCCUCCCCCGCGCCCGCACGGCCUGCCGCGGCGCUAGAGGGCCUCGGUCCUUGUCCUGGCUACCGGGAGGAGGGGCGGGCUGGCGUCCUUCUCUGGCUCGUUCGGGGCCCUUGCGCCGCGGGACUGGGCUGGGGGCGCAGCACCUGCCCUCCUUGGUGCGGGUAUCUCAGAAUGGCUGGUGGGCUGCGGUAAGGCCACAGCACCUUCUGGAAGACUUGCUUUCCGCGUUGACGUAGGGCAGAGGUGGGCAGCCCUCAAGGUGAGUUCCUCAGUUGCUGCAGCCUGGAUGUAUCAUUUCUUCAGCGUGGUGCUUAGCUCUUGCCAGGACUUUCAGACGUUGACUGUUGAUUUCCAGGCUUUGAGAGAAAUCGAUCACUUGUUUUGGUUUGGUGCCCCCUUUAUGCCAAGUCCCAGGAUUUUCAGUCAUCUCCGUCUUCAUUCAUAGGCCUGUGUGGUGUGGCCAGGACAAAUCUUUCCUCCUGAGAUGACUCCUAGGAAGUUUGCUCCAGUUUGGACAUAGAGUUGUUUUGUGCUGAAAGAGACUGAAAACUGGGCCUAUCGGGCUUAUCAACCCCAUUUCCCCUCCAGCCAUUAAACUCGGCAAUCCAAGCACCUAGAUACCAGCACAUGUCAGUUAAUCCCUGGACUGAGCCUCUCUUGGCUUCUGAACUGGAAUUUUGCAGCUAACCCAUCCACGACUAGAACCUUAAGUAUUGGGGAGUUUCAGAUGGUCUAAUUUUGUUUAUUAAAGGAUUCUUUUUUUAAAAAAAA